GUACGUCCGUGGCGCAGAGAUUAAGAAAUUUUAAUGUGUAUUCUUGUAAUCAUAAUCAGUUAUUGAGUAUCUUUAACACACUCCGUUGACCACAUAAUAUAUGGAAGUGACAGAAAUUGAUGCGCGACUCUUUUUUAAUAUAGGAAUCUUCUGAACUAGUACAUGGAGCCGGAACCAUCGCCACAAAGGACAUCCGUAAUUUUUGGAGACCACUUUUUAGGGCAACUUUUUAAAUCCGUUGUUUUGAAGAUCGUUACUUUUGUAGACGUCUACCAUAUUGAGAGUCCAGGGAAUGGCCCUUGAUUUUGUUGCUGGGUGUCUUGGCGGUUGUGCAGGUGUAAUUGUGGGUCAUCCACUAGACACUGUAAAAAUUUGCCUUCAAACUCAAGAUGCACGCAAUCCGAGAUAUAAAGGAACGGUCGAUUGUAUCCGGUCCAUAUUAGCCAGAGAUGGUGUUAAAGGUGUCUACAGGGGAGUCUCCAGUCCACUCGCAGGCGUCGCUGGUAUCAACGCCAUAGUGUUCGGCAUUUAUGGAAACACGCAACGAUGCAUGUCAGACCCAGAUUCCUUGAAAACUAUAACUCUUGCGGGAACGAUAGCAGGGCUUUGUCAGUCUUUCGUGUGCUGUCCGAUGGAGCUGGUAAAGUCGAGACUACAACUUGGCAGCAGAUCCACGACUUCUGUAGACUGUUUUAAAAAUAUUUAUAACGAAAAAGGUAUCCGAGGUUUAUAUAAAGGCCUCGGAUUGACAAUUGCGAGGGAGGUUCCCGCGUUUGGAAGUUACUUUUUCACCUACGAGAUCUUGACACGGAAAAUUGACGAUUCUCCUGUAUCUACUAUUAAUAUGUUACUGGCAGGUGGAAUGGCAGGAGUGGUCUCAUGGACGUUGUCUUAUCCGAUAGAUGUUAUCAAAACUAGAAUCCAAGUAGAUACAGCAUCAAGGUAUCUUAAUGGUUUGGAUUGCUUUCAACAGAGCGUGAAAUCUGAAGGCGUCGCGUGUCUAUUUAGGGGGUUAUCACCAACACUUUUACGAGCUUUUCCCGUAAACGCUGUAACGUUUACGGUCGUCACGUGGACGAUGAAGUUGUGGCAUGAGAUCGAUGUCAGCAAGAAAGUGAGAAACGCAGAUAUCGUGGUUGCAAAUUAUGCCGACGCCGUCUACCGUUCGUUCAGUUUGGCCGAAUGUUCCCUGGCCUAGUUCUUCAAAUAUUUAUUUAUUUUCAUUUUUUGUACAAUAUUUGUGUGAAAGUUUGGCGAUAUAUGAUAACGAGAAGAAAAUUGCAUUUCUUUUUUUAAAUUUAGUAUUUCAAAUUAUACUCGAAUAUUAAAAGCAGAAAUUUCAAAAUUGUAUAUCGAGUGUGCUAGUAAGGUCAACAAGGUACAGUAUUAGGGAAAUGGUCGGUCCGAGAAAUUUUAGAAAAAAUUAAGUAAAUCGACAAAAAGAAAUGUGCAUUUUUACACUAGAUAGUGAAAUAUUCGCAACACCCCAUCUAACCUAAAAUAUGAUUAAAAGAAUUUA